AUGUUGUCUAGUCGCGGGCAGAAAUAUGCAGCACUGGACCUAGCGGCACUUUAUACGAACAUUCGCGCAGGGCCAUAUGACAAGGAGAAGUGCCCAAAUGGAUUCAUCUCUCUUACAAUGGCCGAAAAUUUCCUUAUGUACGAGGAGAUGCUGAGAUACAUCAAGACGAAGUGUCUACCGUCAAUCUACGCCUCUGCGUUGACUUAUCACGAAGGCCCGUUCGGAUCGAUGCGGUUGAGAACAGCAAUGGCCGACUUUCUCAAUGGAAAAAUAUCGCCUGCAUCAUCCAUUUCAGCCGACAAUGUAUCUUUCGUCAGCGGAAUCACAGCACUCAACGAGAUUUCUGCUUUGUGUCUCACUGAGGAGGACGAGGGCGUACUUCUCAGCAUGCCCAUUUACGGCUCCUUUGCGCGGGACUUUGAAACAAAGUCAAACUGCAAGUUGAUAUACACACCUUUCGGUGACGUGGACCAAUUCAGUGUCCAUGCGAUCGAUCGGUACGAGCAAGCGCUGGAAAAAGCUGAGAAAAGUGGCACCAAGAUCAGAGCACUGAUUAUCAGCAACCCGCAUAAUCCUUUAGGCCGUUGCUACACUCGCGAUGUGCUCAAAGCUCUGAUGCGCUUUUGCAACGAACACAAAAUUCAUCUCAUCAGCGACGAAAUAUAUGCGCUAUCUGUGUAUCAUACAGACGAUAGCCACCCAGCUUUCACUUCGGUGUUGUCUAUUGACCCAAGCGGUAUCAUUGAUCCCAACCUCGUGCACGUCUUGUAUGGCAUGUCAAAGGAUUUUGCUGCCGCAGGUCUCAGACUUGGAUGUCUGAUUUCCGAGAACGCCGAGAUGACAAAGGCAGUACGGUCGUUAUCGCGUUUCCACUGUGCGUCGCCGUUGACCUGUGACAUUGCAGCGACGAUCCUCGAAGACAAGGAGUUUCAUGACGCAUUCCUCGAGAAAAGUAAUGCUGCUCUACGCGAGCACCAGGGAAUUGCGACGAAGAUGCUCACUGAGGCCGGCAUCCCCUUCGCUCCCAAACCAAACGCCGGAUUCUUCCUGUGGAUUGAUCUUUCCAAAUGCCUGCGUGGCGAGGACUGGCAGGCAGAGACGAUACUGAAAGGGAAGCUUUUUGAAGCAGGUAUAGAGAUGUCGUCUGGAGAAGCGUAUCAUGCGGAAACACCGGGCUGGUUUCGCUUCAUCUUUUCGGUAAACAGGGAUGUGGUGUUGGAAGGUCUCCGCAGGUAA